UAUAUUCAAAAUCACUGAGUGUGGAAUUCACUUCUAUUUUGCUUAAGACUCUAAACGUUUCCGACUGCCCGAAAAAAGCCUGAGGGACAUUGUAUACCAAAGCCAAAGAAAACAAGGAGGAACUGAGACUCGGUUUUCUCCAGGAACCAGAGGCUAGGUCUGGAACUCUACUUGCGGCUGGAUAAACGUGUCCAUAUGUUUCCUACAUCUGGAAUAUUAAGGUUUGAAAGUGAUGCGUCAUCUGGAACACUAUAUUGGGAUUAAUAGUCGAUGACUCUGGAAAUCCGUAGACACGAAACUCAGUGCUUUAAUAGUCAGUCAGUCUGGAACUCUUUGUGUUGCCUCCAAGAAAGUUGCACAAGUUUUAGCUUCAUGGAAAACACUAACAUACAAUCAUAUGUGGGAUCCUCUUGCGAAAAAAAAAGAAGUUGCCCAAUUGUUCUUUCUGGAAACUCUCAAACAAACUGUGAGAAGAACGAGGCAGUUGUGUGACUUUGUGAGACUAGAUAGCCUGUCUCAGGUCCCCUGGAACAGUCCACGUCUCAGCCCUGGCGUCAAGGUGAUGGUUUUCUUUCUGUAGUUUGGGCUGAAGUGGGAGGACUACUGAUCAUUUCGGAAAGAGAAGGAACACGGUGACGCUGGUGGAUGAUCAGCAGCUGAGAAUCUAAAGAGUCUUCUACCUUCAGCAGGAUGAAUUACUCAAUGAUCAGUAGUUGGUGACAUUGUGAAGGAAUAAUGGUAUAAACUGUAUUGAAAAUAAACGAUAAUAAACAAAUAAUAAAAAUAAAUAAAUAAUGAACUGUUUAAAGGACAUUAAAUAAUAAACAAUAAAUGCUGAAACUGAUAAACGACAGGAAGAAAAAGAACAGUUAAUGAAGAGUAGAUAAUGUAAGUGAAAACAGAGAUGAUACAGUGAAAAACAAUAAUAAAGAAUAAUAAAGAUAAGAGAAAGAUAUUAAAAGACUUACGGUAAAUAUCUUGGGAGGAAAAUUGUCCUUCGUCUGUAGAGAGAGUAUCCGCAGCACCAGUAGGAUAUCCAAAGGCGAUUUAUUCCAGGCGCCAGCAGGAAGUCCAACGAGGCAAAAUAUGACAGACGGAAGUUCAGGCAAGUGUAGGAGGCCGAUGAGGGCGUGGGUGUACUUCCUCCUAUUUACCGUGGGCGUGUGGGCGGUGGUCUCAGCGGAGGUGGCCCCAGAGGACUCGUUCAAACCUAAAUUGCCCAAGAAACGCCAGAUCUACCGUGAAGCAGUGCUACCAGCUCGAGGUGGCAUCAUACCUCAAGGGGCCUUUACCAAGCAGCGCCUCCAGCACAAUAUCCAUGACCAACUCGGAAUAGAAGCUCCUGACGGCACUAUCUUUAUCUCCAGGACUCCACAACACACCCACGAAGAAGUAGAUCCUGAGGACGAGCGGGAGAUUUUACGCUUGUUUCCCUCAGAACAAAACGCUGGCUCUCUGGAUCUUCAUGGUCACAUCCACCUACGUCCACUACCCACGACCUACCUUAUACGCAGGCCAGCUCUAGGUCGUAUCUUCGUGCCAGGUCAACCACGUUUCAGGUCACACGCAUCCAGCCUCUACCAUAGUGCGUACCCCUGGCCUAUUUACGCCCCUCCACAGGCAAUGAUCUACCAACAUCUUUACGCCUCAUACAAGUAGCUCCUGAGUGAGGCGGGAGGAGGAAGUGCAGGAAGAAGAUGUGACGUGCGAGGGGGAGGUACUAGAAGAACUCUUCACUAGGAGAUAUCGCUUGGUGGUGUUACUAGAAGACAUCUGGAGACAUGCCAAAACCACGAAUUAUUGUACCUCUUGCAGAUAUAUGAACAAAGAUUAUAAAAUGCAAGGAAAUAUGUGAAUAUUUUUUUCGAAAUUAAAUU